GCUAUAAAAGCAGGGCUCGUCUGUUCUGACACACACACAAAGCUCCUGCUCUAUCCUGGAGAAUGCCAGCAGACACAGAGUGCAGCAUCUGUUACUACCCCUAUGCCAGGAGGACUCGGAGCCCCAGGAUCCUGCCCUGUGGGCACAUCUUCUGCAGCCAGUGCCUCCUCACCCUGCUGUCCUCGGCGGAGCGCAGGGGCUCGGGCGUUUAUGAGUUGCCGUGCCCGCUGUGCCGCCAGCCAGCCCAGGCCUUGCCAGCGGGCGGCGAGCUUCCGUUCCCCGUGGACCCGGCCCUUGACCGCCUGGCGCUGACCGAACGAGGCCCUGAGUCGAUCGCCGAGCGAGGGCCCAAGCGGUGGGUGAGGAGCCUGAAGAGGAGACUGGGACUUGGGGGCCUGAGACACCCGAGGUCCGACGCUGUGUGUGUGGACAUGCGCGAUAUGGUUCUGAUGGCGAGUUUUCACCUCAUUUAAUGUGCGUCGGAAGAGAGCCGCACCCCCUCCCC